GAGAUUGGAUGCGGGACCUCGACAUCAGCCCAGCCGCCAAGGCAAAUCUAGAAACUCCGACCCGCAUUUCAAGGCGCCAUCGGCUUGACUGAGGGAUAUAUAUUUAUUUAUUUGUUCGUAUAACCGACAACAGGCGAACAGGUGCAAAGUCGGAGGAUAAGGAAGGCGAAAAGGGACAACGGCGAGGACCAUUUCUGUACCCUGCUCAGGAUAAUGGAGGGAGAUCGGGACAUGUAUCGCCAGUUUCAGGACUGGUGCCUCAGGACAUAUGGUGAUUCCGGGAAGACGAAGACGGUGACCCGUAAAAAAUACGACCGGAUUGUACAGCUUCUGAACGGAUCCGAGUCCAGCUCCACAGACAAUGCAAAGUUUAAAUUUUGGGUAAAGUCCAAGGGCUUUCAGCUUGGUGUUCCAGAUGAGAUCAGCGGAGGGGAGAAACAAGUGCUCUACGUUCCAGUUAAAACCACGGAUGGCGUAGGCAUAGAUGAGAAAGUAUCCCUAAGACAAGUUGCUGUCGUUGAGGAUUUCUUCGACAUUAUUUACUCCAUGCACGUAGAAAAUGGAACCAAUGGGGAGAAAACGCGGAAGCAUGCUGGUCAGAAGAGGACAUACAAAGCGAUUUCAGAGACUUACGCCUUCCUACCACGAGAAGCAGUGACACGGUUUCUAAUGAGCUGUUCUGAAUGUCAGAAGAGAAUGCAUUUAAAUCCAGAUGGAGGAGAUCAUAAAGAAAACGGGAAACCGCCUACGUUGGUGACGAGUAUAAUUGACUAUAACAUGCCGAUCACGAUGGCCUACAUGAAACACAUGAAGCUCCAGCUGCUGAACUCCCAGAACGAUGAGGAAGACAGCUCUCUGGACAGCGACGAAUUCGACAUGAGUGACUCCACACGGAUGUCAGCAGUGAAUUCUGACCUCAGUUCUAAUCUCGAAGAGAGAAUGAGCAGCCCGCAGAACCUCCACAAUCAGCAAGAUGCAGAUGACUCGGCGGCGGACAGUAUAAACGGCAACGAGACGGUGGCGUACAAGCCCGCCGGACCGAGAGGGAACCACUGUAGAGAGACGGCAGACGCCAACAGCAACGGCGUGGGCCCUUCGGAGCCGGAGGAGCAGCCCCUGAACCUCAGUGACUGUCCCCUCGCGGCAGAGUGCCACACGGAGAAUCACACGGCCAACGGGAGGAGCAAGUACAAGGGCCUCCUGCUGCCAGACCUCAAGACGGAGCCCAGGGAGAAUGGGAGCAAGUCGCCGGCACACAGCUACUCCAGCCUGGAUUCGGGGAAGAACGAGAGCGUGGGAGGAGGAGCCGAGGACCUGUCCCUCAGCCGCGCCGACGAAGACGACGACGACCACGACGACCACGAGGACUGCGAGAGGACGAUGGAGGCGGAAGGGGUGGAGGCCGAGCGGCUCAAGGCCUUCAACAUGUUUGUCAGGCUGUUUGUAGAUGAGAACUUGGACCGCAUGGUCCCAAUAUCUAAGCAGCCCAAAGAAAAGAUCCAGGCUAUCAUUGACUCGUGUAGGCGACAGUUCCCUGAGUAUCAGGAACGCGCCCGGAAACGUAUUCGCACUUACCUGAAGUCCUGCAGGAGGAUGAAAAGGAAUGGUUUUGACGCGUCCCGCCCUGUUCCGUCUCACCUCACGUCUGCGGCCGCAGAGAAUAUUCUGGCCUCUGCCUGCGAAAGCGAAAGCAGAAACGCCGCUAAGAGGAUGCGUCUGGAGAGACCGCAGGAUGAAGCUGCUCCAGCCGACAAACACUUUAAACAGGAGCCAGCCCAGGUCACUUUCACUGCUUCAGCCGUUCCAACUGCACAGGAGGUGUUGUACAUCAACGGUAAUGGAACCUACAGUUGCCAUAGUUACGGCGGGUUAGGGGGAGGCCUGCUGAACCUCACCGAAGCUGCUAGCAGUGGACCUACUGAUCUCAGCAUGAAGAGGCAGUUAGCUCCGGGCUCAGGCUCCUCCAGCAGCACCGGUUCGCGGCCCCAGCUCAACUUCACGGAGAUCAACGCCGUCCGGCAGCUGAUCGCCGGCUACCGGGAGUCCGCCGCCUUUCUCCUGCGCUCAGCGGACGAGCUGGAGAGCCUGAUCUUGCAACAGAACUGACCUCCGCCGGCUAAAUCCGUUUCCCUCUGGCCGGCCACGGGCUGCGCUUUAAGUUUCCGAUUGUCAAAGUCGCUCGCUCGACUCGCCGCGGCGACGCCGUUCCGUCCCCGCCGGCCGUUUCGAAUCGCUGGGCUCGGUGACGUCAUCAGGUACGGUAACUUAUCGCUUAGUCGCUUCUGUUUUCGGAUUUCCGCCCUGUUAACAAAAGUACCUGCUCGAUAAGUGAUGCAAGUGAUUAUUUUUUUUUGUUUUUUUUUGUUGUUGUUGUUGUCAUGUGUGGGGUUGUGGUUGGGUCGGUGGUGGUGGGGAGUUUUGAACAGAAAAUGUGAAAUAAGGUCUGAUAUGCACAUGCAAUAUUAUUGAAGGGUGCUACUGACUGUUUUCUUAAGUGUACCUUUUAUAAAUACAGUGUUUUAUUGCGUUAAUGUAUAGUAGUGAAUAUGUGGGACCAACUUUGUGAAAAACGGUUGUUUACUUAACCCUCUAGGGGACCAUUAAUUUCAGAUAUUGCAGCCAUUGUACCGCCGUGUGACUUUUGACCUGUUUUUAAGACUAAAAAAAGGGGGAAAAUCACAUUAAAGACAAACGAAGCUCUGGAGGAGGCUAAAAGCCUUUCUAAUUACACAUCGCCGCAAAAGCGUAAAACACUUCUUAAAAAGAAUAUUAACCAUCUGUACAGAAAAGAUUCACCAAGCCAGUCCCUCCGUUUCAGAGAUUGCCCGGAGUUUCUCACCAUUCUUUUUAAAAAAAAUGUAUAUCACGUAUUUAUGUAAGGGAUAGUCUUGCAACACUUAUGUACAUCACCAUUUUGUUCGCAUUUACGAAUAGCAAGAUGACACUUUCAAUAGUUUAAAAUAUCUAGCAUUGAAAUGCACCAGCCUUCUGUGAUGACAUUUUUUGGUGCGUCAGUGCCUACGCUGGAGGACUGAGCUGGUAGAUUUCAUCCUGGGCACUCUAGUCCUAGUGUGUUUGUUACACAUUGUUUUCUUUUUAAAAAUAUUAUUCAGCUAAAUUAAUAUUUCCCAUGACGCCAUUCUUACAGUAUCUCUUUGUAUCCCAGAGCAUACUGUAACUACAGUACUUUGUCAUCUACCUUUAAAUUCUGGAUAAGCCUUUAUUGCGAAUAUCUCCAUAGUUCCAGUGUUUAAGGCGCGAUGGUCCAUCUUUAAAGUUGACACACCGUUCCUUCAGUUCUGUCUGACUGCCAAAAUAUAGGCUCCGCCAGAGCUUUGACUCAGCAGAAUCCAGUAGUGUAAAACAAUCAUUAACAGCCACAACGGAAAAAAAAAAACGUUCCCACUGGGUUUUGACUGAAGUGUUGUCUUGAGCCAUUUCUAUAAAAUGAAUCCAAUUUCGAGAAAAUGUACUACUUUGGAAUUGACCUAUAACAAAAUAAAUGUCAUUACAUCAUUUCUUCCUGGAACCUUUUGAAGAGAAGGCACAGUUCUUUUCCAGAACGUGUGGGUGUUCUUUCUGUGAGGUGAAUCUCGAUGUAUUUAAUUACAAGUUCAAGAAUAAAGCAGAAACACAAAAAAGGCAGCGUUGGAAUUGGUGAAGUUUACUAUAUAUCAAAAGAGAAAUAUCAGGAUUAUAGGAUUCAAGUUUAAUUUAGUUCAAGUUCACCCCACCCCUCCAGACAGUGUAUUUUGUACUGAUAAGUAUAUUAUUGGAGAUCUUUUAUUUCCAGAUAGAGAAAUAGACAGACAUGUACUGUAAAUGGAAUUGAAUAGGUGAAGGUCUCGGAACAUCACAGUGAAAAGAAUGUGUGUCAAGCCAUUGAGAAGCGGGAAAGGGGGUAAAACUUGCUCUCCAGUAGAACAUAUUGCAGUAAAUACUGUAUGGCCAACAGAUGCGAUAUCAUGGUUCUGCUCUUAAUGUUGUGCAGAUAGUCUUAAUGACGAUAAAUGCAAAUUCUUGUACUGAAGGUAAGUGUACUGUGUGAAACAGCCCCUCAGCAUCUGCACCAAGACUAUUAUUUUUCCUUAGAAAUCAGUGCGGUAGUAAGGCACUAUCCAGAGGUACACACACCUGUGAAGGUUUUGUGUAAGACAUAUCAAAGUGAAGCCAUGGUUUUUGUCAGUUUUUCUUUUCCUGACAGGCAUAGUACACGAGCUUGCUCUGUGAUUGCUGCAGCUUGGUUUUUUUUUUUAUAUUUUUUUUCCUCUUUUUGGCAUUUUUUUUUCCUGUUUAUUUUCCUGUGGGAUGUAUUAUAUUGAAUGUUGCAAGGUUGCAUUUGACAAUCUGAAAUCUUUGCACUCUUCUGUACAUUUUUCAAUUACAAACUGCAAUUGAACCGAGGCUGUUUAAUGCUUCUUAAGUAAUUUAUAUAUAGUUUCCAUGCUAAAUUCGGUACAAACCUGUUGCAACUGGAUGCAGUUCUCACAGUUUUUGUAGAUGUACUUUAUGGGCUGUAACAUAUUUUUAUACUGUUGGGUAUAUAAAUAUUAUUGAUGUUUGGUUUGAGUUCAGUAGAAAGAUUUAUUAUAUGUUGUGAAAGUAUUUUUGUUCAGCUUUUUGUGAUGGAAAAUUGACCUUUAAAAAACUAAUUUUUACAGUGAUGUUGCUUAACAGAUUGUUUCUACGUGCGUAUUGAAAUUUGCCUUAUUACAUGUUGAAUCCAGUUUAAUUUUUUUGUAAAAACAAAACCUGUUAUGAUGGCAAUUGAUAUAAAUAUAAAUAUUGUUGUUUCUGUUUAAUGAUAUCUGACUAUGAUUGUGACAAAGUAAUGUGCACUUUCUAUUGUAUUUGUGGACACCUUCAUGCAUUUUCUAGUGUUUCUUACAUUUGUUGUUUAAAGUAAACUAAAUGAGAAACUUUGUGAUACUGUUGGUGAAAAUGUGAAAAGUAAAAUGAGAUACAUGUUGUUGAAUUUUCAAUAAAUAUUUUAAAAACCCUG